UCAGUACCGUCUCAGGUCCUCGCACCACUCCCACUGUUUCAAUUUUUUCCCCAACAGACGCGCUCCCGUUUUGGAGAACCCCGCGUCCGCCCAGUGUGCACUGGCCGCUGUGUCUCCGCGCUCCCGGGAGGUCUCAGGAGGCGCAAGCAGGGCGGGAUGGUCUAGUGACCGCAUCUUUUCCUUUCAUCCGCGCAGAACCUCGGCGUGCUCCCAGUGCCGGUGACGUUUCCCUCGCCAACCGCACUCAUGCUUUUGGCGCGGAUGAAGCCGCAGGUGCAGCCCGAGAGCAGCGGGGCGGACCCGGGGUCCGAGCAGCCCACGCAAGGGCGCAAAGCCGCGGAGCUGCUGGUGGUGAAAGAGCGCAACGGCGUCCAGUGUCUCCUGGCGUCCCGCGCUGGCGACGAGCAGCCCCGGGAGACCUGGGGCAAGAAGAUCGACUUCCUGCUGUCGGUGAUAGGCUUCGCGGUGGACCUCGCCAACGUGUGGCGCUUCCCCUACCUCUGCUACAAGAACGGUGGUGGUGCCUUUCUGAUUCCAUACACACUGUUCCUCAUCAUCGCCGGGAUGCCUCUGUUCUACAUGGAACUGGCCCUAGGCCAGUACAACCGAGAAGGAGCGGCCACGGUGUGGAAAAUAUGCCCAUUCUUCAAAGGAGUGGGCUAUGCCGUGAUCCUCAUCGCCAUCUACGUCGGUUUCUACUACAACGUCAUCAUCGCUUGGUCGCUCUACUACCUCUUCUCCUCCUUCACACUCAAGCUGCCCUGGACUGACUGUGGCCAUUCCUGGAACAGCCCCAACUGCACCGACCCCAAGCUCCUCAACGGCUCCGUGCUGGGCAACCACACCAAGUACUCCAAGUACAAGUUCACGCCCGCAGCAGAGUUCUAUGAGCGUGGCGUCCUGCACCUGCAUGAGAGCAGUGGGAUCCAUGACAUUGGCCUCCCCCAGUGGCAGCUGUCGCUCUGUCUGAUGGUCGUCGUGGUCAUCCUGUUUUUCAGCCUCUGGAAAGGUGUGAAGACAUCAGGAAAGGUGGUGUGGAUCACAGCCACGCUGCCCUACCUCGUGCUCUUCGUGCUCCUGGUCCACGGCAUCACGCUGCCUGGCGCCUCGAACGGCAUCAAUGCCUACCUGCACAUCGACUUCUACCGCCUGAAAGAGGCCACGGUCUGGAUCGAUGCGGCAACUCAGAUAUUUUUUUCCUUGGGGGCUGGAUUUGGAGUCCUGAUUGCCUUUGCCAGUUACAACAAAUUUGACAACAACUGCUACAGGGACGCCCUGCUCACCAGCACCAUCAACUGUGUCACCAGCUUCAUCUCUGGGUUCGCCAUCUUCUCCAUCCUCGGUUACAUGGCCCACGAACACAAGGUCAACAUUGAGGACGUGGCCACUGAAGGAGCUGGCCUGGUUUUCAUCUUGUACCCAGAAGCCAUUUCCACCCUGUCGGGAUCCACAUUCUGGGCGGUCGUGUUCUUCAUCAUGCUCCUGGCUCUGGGAAUUGACAGCUCGAUGGGAGGCAUGGAGGCUGUCAUCACCGGCCUGGCGGACGACUUCCAGGUCCUGAAGAGACACCGGAAACUCUUCACGUUUGGGGUCACCUUUGGAACCUUCCUUCUGGCCCUGUUUUGCAUCACCAAGGGCGGGAUGUAUGUGCUGACCCUACUGGACACCUUCGCGGCGGGGACAUCCAUUCUGUUUGCUGUGCUCAUGGAAGCCAUCGGCGUCUCCUGGUUCUAUGGUGUGGACAGGUUCAGCAACGACAUCCAACAGAUGAUGGGGUUCAAGCCAGGCCUCUACUGGAGACUGUGCUGGAAGUUUGUCAGCCCCGCCUUCCUCCUGUUUGUGGUGGUGGUGAGUGUCAUCAACUUCAAGCCGCUCAACUACGACGACUACGUCUUCCCGCUCUGGGCCAACUGGGUCGGGUGGGGAAUCGCGCUCUCCUCCAUGGUGCUGGUGCCGGCCUACAGCGUCUACAAGUUCUUCAGCAUACGGGGCUCCCUUCGGGAGAGACUGGCCUACGGCAUCACCCCGGAGAAUGAGCACCACCUGGUGGCCCAGAGGGACGUCAGGCAGUUCCAACUGCAGCACUGGCUGGCCAUCUGACCGCAGCCCCAGGGAGGAGCCCUGCCGCACCCACGUCCAGGUCCAAGGCUUCGCUACCACUCCAGACACAGUCUUGAAAAUCCUCUCCUGAAAGAUAUGUCUUUCUAUCCCUCUUCCUCUUUUCCCAGUUACAAAUGGUUUAGCGACCUGGUUUUUACUCACCUUCUGUCCAUCUGGCCCCAGGGUGGGGGGCGGGUGGGCUUUGAGUUUAGAUUGGAAAGCGACACGGGACAAGAAGAGGGGAGGGAACAGGAAGAAUGACUUCUGUUGAACCUCUUUUGUUUGGGGGAAGGUCUCACGCAGCUUGGGAUCUGGCCCAAGCCAAGCUCCGUGGCUCGGGCAGAAUUCCCCAAAACUCUUGCUUGUAGUUUGGGUCUUGGAAGAAAUCCUGUCAGCCAAAUCAGAGAGGGGAUGUUCCUUUUGGUCAUACACCAUGAAACCAAACCCAAACAAAAAGCCCACCUGGGUCUGGGGCGGGGUUCCUCUUGCCACCCGGUCAGCGUUGUGGUAUCUGAACCUUGGUCAGGGAGCUUGGGUUGGUUUGUCUCUGUCUUGGGUCUGCGGAUAGACGCUUUGGGGGAUCGUGAGCAGAAACCAUCACAGUUUUCACUCUGGCUACAUUGAGUCUGAUGUGCGUGUGUGUUCUGGAACAUUCUUCCUGGGGAAUCCCACCCAAGCACGGUCCUAGGGCUCUUCAAGUGAUUGGGGGGGUUGGCCCCGAAAACCCCCUCUGUCUCUCUUCAUGGUCUGGACUUAGCACCUGAGGGCAAAGUGGGACCAAGUACAGAGCAACCUAGUCACUCAAGUUGAAGGGAGAAUAUUCUGAGUUGACGGAGCCCUUGGCAGUUUUAGAGAAUGUCCUGCUUGAGUUCUGUUACACGUUUGUGCUUGGCGCCCCCUGGUGGUGUUGGUUAGUUCCAGCUCCUUCAGAGAACGGAUUCGUAGUUUGGUUAAGUUGGUGACAUCUGUUUGGGGUUUCUGUUUAUGGUUUGAGUCUCUUCUUAUGCCCUCACUGGAAUUCGAGAUUUAGAAGUUCUUGUUGUGACUUUGGAAGUCCCUGAUGAAGAAUCUUGGGCCAGAAGUCAAUAAAUACAGGGGUCAUUCCUACUGGGAGGGUAGGAUGACACACAUCCGGAAGGCGCUUUGCCUAACACUGGGGUGUCCCCUGAGCCUGACAAUGGAUCGUGCAGUUUGCAGAAGAUGGUUCUGUGGGGGCCUGCUGGGCACAGCGGGAUGGUUUUCUCUCUCAGGGUCCUGAGAUUUCCUUGCUAAGUCAGUGUCCGUGGGUCAUUUUUUGGAGGCAGGAGGGAAAAUCAGAAGCCCUUUGAUCUUUCCGUGUAAAAAGUCUGGCUCAAAGUGUAGGACAGCCCAGGUGGCAGGUGUCUUGAACCACGGUGGAAGGCGGGGCCUGGGAGCGGAGCAUCCCAUGGAGUGGAACAGUAGAGUGGGGAUUCAAGAAGAUGAGGGCGGAUGACCCAUCACGGGUGGGAUCUGGUCCCAUGAAGGAUAAUCCCUCCCUCAGGGUGAUGCUCCUUCUCCACAAAGUGCAUGCAUCCUCAUCACCUCCUGUCCUCCCAGCUCGGACCACAGGGCUGGUUUCUGUCCCCAUUUCCCAGAUGGGAACACCAAGGCCCAGCAUUUCGGGCACUCUGGUUCAAGUGUUGUCAGCUACCGAGGGACCCAGUCAGACCCUCAGGUCAGAUCACCUGACUCUCAGCCCAGAGCUCUCCGAAAUGCCCGGCACACUAGGGUCUCCCCCACCCAGGGCUGUCAUGAAAAAUAAACAAAACCCAGUGGAGCGGCCAGGGAGGGUCUCUUAGCAAAAGAACAGUGUGUUGGAAGAAGGGAAAGGGGAGAGGAUGUCACCUGUUCUCAACUAGCUGGUUGGCAGAGGCGAUCAUGGAGCGGUGCCCUUCCUGAUGAUCACGGUCGCCCUGGGGAACAGCGAGGGGUGACAGCUGAGGCCAGCUGGCUGAAAUGAGGGUGAGCAGGAGAGCCUGUGCGUAUCAGAACAGGGACCCUACAGAGGGAACCUGCCAGCUGCAUGUGGCCUUUCUGCCUCCAGACAUUUGUCUCAAGGGUGAGUCGGAGAUGUGGUGCUAGCUGACCCGUUGCCAGACCAAAGCCAUGGUGCAGCCUUGUGGCAGGAUGGGGUUGCUGAGUCUGGGGGGAGGGGCGAGGGAGGGGGGCAAGCCCAGGGACCCCCCUCCCUCCCCGGGGUCGGGUGGUGGGGGUGGGCGGGGAACCCUGGGAGCCUUUGGAAGCUCUCGUGGAAGUGCUGGCAGAGCUCUGGGCUCACCUCCCACCUACACUUAAGGGACGGGGGUGUAUGUCCUUUGUCCUGAGUCAUGUUUGACUUCUUUUUCGUGGCCUUUUUUUGAUAGCAGAGGUUCCCCAACGUGAGGGUGCUCCUGUGUACUGUAUAGGAUGCUUUUGCCUUUUCCCAGAUUUUUAAAGGAUUAUUCUUGUCCAUGAAAUGUACACUAUCUGUUUAACACCCGCCCCCCCCCCCACGUUAACAUCUGCUCUGAGUCCAGUGGUUCCGUGUCCCCCUGUGGGUGGGGGGGGAGGGUCCUUAUUCUAGAUGCAAGGGAGACAAAGGAGAAAGGGGAGCUGCCAAUUCUUGCCAAACGUCCUGCUGAAUGCAAGUCCCCAAAGCUGCCUUAAUUCUCGGCUGGCGGCCCCACCUGAGGGGUGGGGGUGGUUGGCUGUCUCGUGGUAUAGGACCUAUUUCGCAGCCAUGGUGAUGUGCGACAGAAACAUGCUCACCAAAGAGGUCAUUUCUUAGUAGAGAAGCCUGCUGAGCUCAUUUCACUUAUUUCUUUUGGAAGCCAGGGAAUGGGGAAGAACAGAGAAAAGCAAGUGCCAUUCAGCAUUUCGAGUCGCAGGGGACCUGGGUCUACGGAUGCCUCACCGGGCUCCUGAGGACAGGGGAGAUUUUUCUCUCUGGGUUUCAGGGCUCUUUGUCUGCAAGCAAGGGUUGGAUCCCAUAAUCAAAGGUCCUGUCCAGUUAAAAAAUGUUCCUGUCUCCAUGAAGAUAUUCUUGUGCUAGAUGUACCUUGAGGGAAGCACGCUGUUUCCUGUAGGACUUUCCAGAACCAUCUGGCGACUUGUAACCUGUGGAGUAGAGCGAUGUCUGAUGUCUGGCCUCCAGAACUCAGAUUUUUCUGGACAUUCGGUAGUUCCUCCUUUUCUGGUAUGUCUUCAACAGAUGUCGGAAACACUGGGUAUUUAAAAAAAAAAAAAAAAUCCAACCCUUUUGUUUCAAGGAUGUCAAGGGUGACGUGUUACGCCCUUGUGAGCCCCGGGAUCCACAGCUGUGCGGGCGCUGGUGUCCUUACUGCCACCAAAGACACUGGUGAAUGUGAAGUUGUUUUUGGGGUACCCGCCCUCAUCCCUCUGCUUCUCUACUUCUGUGUAAAUAAGGAUUGUUCCAGUGGUGCCCUCUCUGUGUCAUGGACCAUUCCGAUGUCAUGCAGGUUUCUUUGUCUGGUGUGGAUUUAUUUCCAAAGCUGUUCUCUUCAUGGAAAAAUAAGUGUGCAGAGUAAUAAAGGAUAUUUCCUGUG